GCCAACCCUGUCUCACCCCCUUCGAUGAUUUUUUCGCCCUACUGAUUUUCCUCAACCAUGAUAUUGGCCAUGAGGCUUCUGCUCUUCUGGAUCCCCAUGGUACAAAUUUCCUCUGUACAGUCUCAGAACGUCAAUUUUCCAAUUGGGAAUGUACUAGGUUCAAAUGCGAUAGUUUCAUUCAUACACAAUCUGGAGACAAAGGCAGAAUCUAGUAACCAGGAGAAAUCUACUAGAUUCACGACGCAUUCUGUACAGAUACCAAAACCGCCCAACGCUAUACCACAGCCUGCACUCUCGCAGAUGUCAUCAUCUUCCACUUCCACGACAGAAACAGCAGCUACACAGGAGAUCAGUACUCCCCAACCGACGAUUUCUCCAGCUUCCUCAUCUACUUCCCUUACAGGCUCAGAGUAUAAUAUCUCACCUCCAGUAGUAACUUCAUUGGUGAUAAGCGACGGUGCACCGCUUAUCAUUGAUCCAACUCAGACCUUGUACACGACAUCUACAUCUACCACAGAGUCUCAAAUUCUGCACACCACUCGAACUCCGAGCCAUACCGAGCCCACUACAAACACGGCAGGACCAUUCAUUCCUUCCGGUAGUGCCUCAAGUACUUCAAAACCCAGCCAUCUAGGAGCUAUUAUCGGUGGAAUAGUCGGCGGAGUCGCCUUUGCAUUCAUCAUCGCACUCAUCGCACUCUUGAAAUGGCACCGUCGUAGGCAAAUAAGUUCCGUACAAAAAACGGCCUUCAAUGGGGACAUGAUGGUAAAACCUCCAUUCAACUGGCGGAAUGUUGCUCGUAGUUGGAAAUCACGAUCUAUAGCUUCAUCGUUACCCAGGCGCUGGCAUGGUUCUGACUACGGGUAUGGAGGAUACUCAUCAUCAGCGGUGACUUCGGAAGACCUCGUGCCAAAGAAUGGACUUGCGGAGAAGAAUGGGAACGAGCACAAGCCACCGUCGGAAAUCGACGGGGACAAUGGGGUCCUCUGAGGCCCCCAACCAAUCGAUUUUGAGAAAACCUGGUUUCAAUCCUGUUUUCUACACUUAUUAUGUAUGCUGUAUUUUAUCUCUGUAGUACUGCGUUUACCCACCUUGAAAGGUGCACAGCAGAAGUAAUUUUGAAUCUGGAGUUGGCACUGUCGAAUUAGUAGAAAACAAAUUCAUUUAAUAUCUGAGCCUUGCUACAUAGAUGGACCUGAAGCUUGAGG